UUGGAAACAGAACUAGACCACAAAUGAAGUCUUUGAAACUAUAUGGAAAUAUUUUGUACUGUUACUGUGAGGAUUUAUGUAUAUAUAGGUUGUUUCAUAGUAUGAAUAUCUAUAGCCAUUGAAAGCAUACAAUUAAAGAGAAUGAGUAAUUCGAUUUUGCUCUUCUUUUUCCUUUCCUUAUUCUUCAUCUCUUCUGCCUCUUCCUCUUCUAUCAACACUACUCAUAAAUGCUCUGUUCAACAGAGCCUUUCUUUGCUUCAGUUUAAAAAAAAACCUUUCCUCAAUCAAUUAUACCCUGUACGAAUGUGAAGAUUGGCUUGGUUCUGAUUAUAAUCCAAUCAUGAAGAACUGGAACACAAGUACAGAUUGUUGUGAUUGGAAUGGAGUCACUUGUGACCACUCCACUGGUGACGUUAUCGGUCUUGACCUGAGCUGUGGCAUGGUGCAAGGUACUAUCCACCCUAACUCCACUCUUUUUCACCUCCCUCGUCUCCAAAAACUCAACCUUGCUUUCAAUGAUUUUACUGAUUCCCAACUUUCACAUGACAUAGGCAGGCUUUCUAAUAGUCUCGCAUAUCUCAACAUCUCUAAUUGUGGGUUUAGUGGUCAAGUCCCCACAGAUAUUUCACACCUUCAUAAAUUGGAGUCCCUUGAUCUCUCUAGUGAUUGGUAUGGGAAUGUGAUUGAUCAUCUCAAUCUUGAACCUCAUGUUUUCAUCAAUUUGCUUCAAAAUUUAACUGUUAUGAAAGAACUUUCUCUUAGAGAUGUUAACAUCUCUGCACUUUUACCUACUAAUCUUAAUAUCUCUUCUUCUUCUUUGAAAUUACUAAAUCUUGGCUCAACUGGGUUGCAAGGAAAGCUACCUCACAACAUUUUCAAUCAUCAUUCGUUGGAAACACUCAACCUGUGGAAUAACAGUCUUACAGGGGAUAUCCCUUCAGAGAUCACACAUCUUCCUAAACUGGUUUCGCUUGUUCUCUCAAUGAAUGGAAUUGAUAGUUUACUAAUUCAACCUCAUUUUUUCAGCAGUCUUCUUAUAAAUUCUACUUUUUUGAGGGUUCUCGGGCUUGGUGAAGUUAAUAUAGGUAUUGUUUUACCCACUUAUUUUAACAUCUCUUCUUCUUUAAGAUCACUCGAUCUUAGCUACACCAGCCUGCAAGGGAAGUUACCUGAUAACAUCUUAAAUCUUAAAUAUUUGGAACGACUUGAAUUGUCAGGGAACAAUAAUCUCUCUGGUCCAUUUCCCAAGGUUAACACAAGCACUAGCAUCCGUCUCAGGGUGUUAGGUCUCUCAGGUUGUGGUUUGAAUGGGUCCCUUCCCAAAUCCCUAGGUAACCUUAGAUACCUUGAAGAUCUAUCUUUAUCAGAUAACAUGUUUUCUGGAGAGAUACCAACAUCAAUUGGCCGUCUCAAAUCUUUAAUUGACUUGGAUCUUUGGUCUUGUGGAUUAAAUGGGUCCCUUCCCAAAUCCCUAGGUAACCUUAGAUACCUUGAAACUUUGUUUCUACCAAAUAACAUGCUUUCUGGAGAGAUACCAACAUCAAUUGUCCAUCUCAAAUCUUUAGUUAUGUUGGAACUCUCGGAUUGUGGAUUAAAUGGGUCCCUUCCCAAAUCCCUAGGUAACCUUAAAUACCUUAAAUAUAUGUAUUUAUCAAAUAACAAGCUUUCUGGAACACUGCCUUCUUCAUUGUUUACCCUUCCUUCUUUAACAACUAUUUGGCUCGAUAAUAACUUGUUCCAAGGAAAUGUGCCACGCGAGUUGUUUUCUUUUCAAUCUUUAGAAGAUUUAUCCCUUGGUAACAAUCAAUUAACUGGCCAGAUCGAUGUGCUUGAUAAUGGCCCUGACCUCCAAACAUUUCAACGACUUACCAACCUCACUUACCUAGACCUUUCAUAUAAUAAUUUUAGAGGUGACUGGGAGUUGGAUGCAUUGUUAUCAAGCCUCACAAACCUUGGCACACUCAUUUUGUCACACAGUGGUAUAUCUGUUACAACCAGUAAUGCUAGUCAUAAUUUUAAUCCUAAUUUUUGGAUGUUAAGUUUGGCCUCUUGCAGUCUAAAGGUCUUUCCAGUGUCCUUUCGAGCCAUGACAAAUCUUAGAUACUUAGAUCUGUCUAACAAUGAUAUACAGGGACACGUUCCUGACUGGAUAGGGGAGAUAGGAAAAAAUCAGUUGUCAGUUUUGAAUCUUUCAAAUAACUCAAUAACCGGCACCAUUCCAAAUGUAUAUGAGGAUUGGAGUUGGUUAGAGGGGUUUAUUUUGAAUGGAAAUCAGUUAGAAGGAAAGGUGCCCACUUCUUUGUAUAGAUGUCAAAAGUUGAGAAUAAUUGAUUUGGGAAACAACAAGUUAAGUGACACACUCCCUAGCUGGUUAGGAGAACUUCCUAAUUUACAGGUUCUUGUCCUCAGAUCAAACAAUUUUUAUGGUGGCAUUGCAACCUCUUCCAAGUUUAAAUUCCCAUUUCCAAGUCUGCGAGUUCUUGACUUAUCUCAUAAUGGGUUCGUAGGUCAACUCCCCACAAAAUAUUUUCAAAAUUUCAAUGCCAUGAAGAAUGUGGUAACAAAGAACACCAAACCAGAGUAUGUGUUCCUAAAUGAGCAUCGCAACUAUUAUUACUCUAUCACUAUUGUGAUGAAAGGAGUUGAUCAAUACUUUCCACGACUUUCGGUUGAGUACACAAUUGUUGAUCUAUCGGACAAUAAAUUUGAAGGGGAGAUUCCAAAUAUCAUCGGAUAUCUGAAAUCUUUGAAAGUACUCAACUUGUCCCACAACACCCUAACAGGUCAAAUCCCACAUUCUCUUGGGAAUAUAUCAGAAAUUGAAUCGUUAGACCUGUCUUGGAACCAACUCACAGGAGUGAUUCCACAAAGCCUUGCUGACUUGACGUUUCUUGAGAUCUUAAAUCUAUCACAAAACCAUCUUGUGGGCCGCAUUCCACAAGGAAAACAAUUCAACACAUUUGAUGGAUAUGCUUUUGGUGGAAACCCAAAACUCUGUGGGCUUCCGUUGCCCAAAAGGUGCAGUGAGCAUCUACAGAAACCACAACCAGAAGGCGAUGUAGAUGAGGAGGAGAGCGGAUUUACAUGGAAAGUGGUGAUGAUGGGAUAUGGGUGUGGAACUUUUCUUGGAUUCGUGUUGGGACUUCUCAUGUUAUCAAUCGGAAGACCGAAAUGGUUCAUUGCAAUUGCUGAUGCAGCAGAGUAUGUGAUCUUGACGAUUCAAGACAAGAGAAGAUAAUAAUAUCAGUUCAUAAAUUGUAAAGAACUUUGGGGGUGCAGCUGGACGCUUUUAAAUCAUGCAGCUUUAGGGAACUUUUUGAAUAAUGUUGAACUUUGAGUAUUUCUUAUUAUGUUGUCACUAGGUGAUCUUGUCUUAAUGUUUUUGAAUCUUUAUAGUAAUCAAGUAAGUUUUGUUGUUGUUGUUCA